AUGCAGUUCAAGAACAUCAUUCUUUCCGCCGCCCUCUUGGCUAUGGUCAGCGCUGCUCCUAUCGGGGACGUUCCUUCUACUGAGGCUGUUCAUAACGAUGCCACUGGUACUGCCGCUGAACAUGCUGCCGCUCAACCUGUUACUACCAAGGACUUCGCUGCUCCCGAGUUUAACUACAAAAACUGUGCCGACAUCCACAAGCAAGUCGAGGAGGGAUCUUUCGCCACGCCUGAUCCUACCAACCAGCAUGAGGCUUUCAUCAAUAAAUGCAACAGCUGCUUAGAAUCCUUUGGUAAGAAUUCCGCCUGGUACAGCGUGCCAGAGAGUAGUCCGGAGUUCCAGGAUUUGGAGAAUGAGUUCGCGAUGUGCAAAGCAGAAGGCGGUCUCGAUGCCAGAGAUACCGUCAGCGGUGUCCCCACGACUGUCGAGGCCCCCAAGGCCGAGGUCCCCAAGGCCGAAGCCCCUAAGGCCGACCCCAAGGUCGAAGUCCCCAAGGGAGUCAAUGCCAACGAUGUUGCCGGUACCGCCGAGACCCCAUCCGUCAGUACUAUCAAGAACCCUGCUACAGUUCCCGAGAUCAAGAAUCCUUCAGCUUAA